AUUAUUUUUUCUUGGUUUUUCGACGCUAAUUAGAAACGAAAAAGCAGAACCAUGUCCUUGUGGUACUGGUGACGUUAACAUCAAGUCUUUGUCCUUGUAAGGGGAUAUAUCCAGAUGGAUUCUAUAAUGGCUCUAGGAUCCAUUUUCAAGAAGGCCACGACUUUACUUGGUAUUGGCACCGACCAACUCAAGCCACCGCCACUUGAUGGGGAAAUCAUCUACUGUAAAAACAAUGUGUGUGUUCAUCCGCCAGCAACUCUCGCCAUGGAAAAUGAAGAGCAUCACCCAGGCUACUUAACCUUGAGGUCACAGAAUGAUGAUGAUGAUAAUGGACCCACAUUGAUUCUGACAUGGAUACCAAAUUCUUCCUUGAAAAAGAACCCAAAAAGCAUUGAGAGCCCAAACAGGUCAUAUGCCACAACACCAAGCCCAAAAAGAACUCCUAGACAAGAGUAUGCCCGAAAACAGGUCACAACCCCCUCCCCAAGCAGUUCUCCAAGGGGGUCAUGCGUGUCUGUGGGCAGUGAUGCAUGUGAACAGUUUUAUAUGGGCAAAGGCCCAGUUAAAAACAAGAAAAAACAGAGCAUCGACAAUUCCAGUAUGAAUUCAGAAAUUUCUAUGGGAUCCAGGGAGGACUGUUUAGAUAGCUGGUCUCAGCUGGAGGAAAUCAACAGGAAGUUGAGCACUAGUAAUAAAUCCCAAACCGAUUCCGGUAUUGAUACAGAGGACGUUCUGCAAAAUAAUGAGAAAAAUAUUCCUAAAAAAUGUCAGACUGUUGGUAGAAAUGUCAAUGACUUGCAUAUUGAGAAAGAUAGUAACACAGAAUUGAAAACUGACAAUAGAAAUGGUGCGGAGGAAGACAUUUCUUCUUCAGACACAACAGAUGGUCUCACUGCUGAAGAAAAAAUGGCAGCCCUGUUAAAGAGGAAUAAACUCCAUGCUAAAGCUAAAAAUAGACUGGAGUCUAAUAAAUCAGUAAGCAUCGAAAUGGAUGGUGAUAAUUUGGUUGUUGUUACAGAGGAAAUUGAUAAACCACAGUCAAUGAACAUAGACAAAUAUAUAACUGACAAGAACCUAAAUAAAAAUGAGAGUAAAUUUGACACCAGCUCUAGUUCACAAUCAACAGACGCAGAAGGAAUUAGUCUGAGUUCUGAUUCGACGCAUCCAAGUCCCUCAGGUGCUCACUAUAACAGAAUGAUUGAUGAUCUUCGAGACGGUCUCUCUACUCAUGACAAUGGCUCGAGUACCUGUGACAGCUCUGAAACAGUAACAGAGGGAACAGCAAAACCAUCAACAAGGACCAAUGUUCCCAAAGACCUAAACUUGAACACUAAUGCCAGCAGCGAUGGCUAUUAUUCAGUUCCAUCUUUGACGACCCCUGACAUCUCUGUGACUCGAUGUCGACAUUCCUCCUCCUCAUCCUCCCUGACGUCAGGACCAGACUCGGAACCACCCAGUGAGGGGGAAUCUCCUCCCCUGUCUCCCACAUGGAACAAGUCCCCGGACUCACCGAGCAGUGAAGGAUCAGUCCAAGUGUCCCACAACAUGACGUUUCCCCACAGCUCUGUGUCGUAUGCCAUGGGGUCACAAGAAAAGAGGAGCGCUAAGGACCAGAUGUGUGGGGUCUUCUCUGUAGAUCUUGGUCAGAUGAGGUCUCUCAGACUGUUUUACUCCGACCCUUACUGCACCAGAGGACAAGUGGUUAUAGCCAGCAGAGAGAGUCAGUAUAAAAUCCUACACUUCCAUCACGGAGGUCUAGACAAGCUGGCAGAAAUCUUUGAAGACUGGAAUCUGUUUGCCAAGUUGAAAGAUAAGAAAAACAAGGAGAAUGAGGGCCAGUAUAAACAGUUUCUGAUCGUGAGGCCACACCUUACAGAUGAACAGUGUCAUCCGGAGGAAGGCAUCUACAACAUGGUGAAUGAGGAGGAAUGGAAGAUCCACAUGACAAGUGAUGGAAGAAUAGAGGAAGAUUAUCAACUCAGGAAGCAUAUAUUCUUUGGUGGACUAGACCACCACUUGCGACACGAGACCUGGCCAUUCCUCCUCCAUUACUACCCCUGGGAUUCCACAUUUGAGGAGAGGGAAGCCAUCAGGAAUGAUCGGUACAUUCAGUAUCAAGACAUCAGAAAAAUGAGGGAAGACAUGACUCCUGAAGAGAGAGAACAGUUCUGGAGGAAGAUACAGUCAACUGUGGAGAAGGAUGUAGUCAGAACUGACCGUAGUCAUCCAUACUUCAAAGGAGACGAUAAUCCUAAUAUAGAGGUUCUUCAGAACAUCUUGCUGAAUUAUGCAGUGGCCAAUCCAAGGAUGGGUUACACCCAAGGAAUGUCAGACCUGCUGGCCCCUGUAUUGGCCGAGAUUCAGAAUGAAGUGGAUGCCUAUUGGUGUUUUACGGGUCUGAUGCAGGGGACCAUAUUUGUCAGCUCUCCAAAGGACAGUGACAUGGACAAACAACUUAAUUACCUAAGAGAGUUGCUAAGGUUAAUGCAGAAUGAAUUCUACAUGCACCUGCAACGUCUGGGUGAGGACGCGAUGGAAUUAUUAUUUUGCCACAGGUGGAUAUUGUUGUGCUUCAAGAGGGAAUUCCCUGAGACGGAUGCCCUGAAGAUCUGGGAGUCCUGCUGGUCUCAUUAUCAGACGGACUAUUUCCACCUCUUUAUAUGUGUGGCUAUUGUUUGUAUCUAUGGUGAUGAUGUCAUAGACCAGGGCCUCCCCUCAGAUGAAAUUCUCCUCCACUUCAGCAGUCUUGCCAUGCAUAUGAAUGGUCAGCUUGUUCUCAGAAAGGCUAGAGGACUCCUGCAUCACUAUCGAAAAUUACCCAGAAUCCCUUGCACAUUGCAUGGUUUAUGCUCACUGUGUGGGCCUGGAAUGUGGGACAGUGGACAUGUGCCCAUUGUGGAGUGUGUGGGCAAUCACAAAGAUGACAUAUGUCCCUACAACAGCAACCCAGGAUCACCUGUCCACACGAUGAACUGAUUUAAAAAAAACAAAAAAACUAUUCCAUGGCAUUUCAUCUGAAUCCAGAAAAUCAGUUUGCUUAAUUUGGUGACUCUUUCAACCCAUUUGGCUAUACAAUAUCACACCUGGGUGUUUUUUAAAGAAAGAUAUUACUUACCUGUAUUUCUGAAUCAACAAACGAUACUUGGGAUAGAAAUAUUUAAAAUUUGUUGUAAAGCAGACUGACUCUAGGGUCAUUCAUAUGCCCCUUCAUUUGUCAUUUAAUUUGCACUAUUUGUUUUUUUUUCUAUUUACCCAGAAUUUGCAUUGAAUCUCUGAAACCUAUUGCUUAAAUACAUCAAUGUUCAUUGAUUUUUUCAGCAUUGGUGCAAUAAUUAUAAUUAUCAUGGUUACAAACUGUAUGCUUCAUUAAGUUUUAUUUUUGUUCUUAGAUGUGUCAUAUUAUAACUCUUUAAUGCAAAUGUUUACAAGAAUUGUUUAUCUUGAUUUGGGUAUACAAUAGUGCAAUAUACAUGUACCUUUACCACAUUUUAAUCAUGUAAAUAUCUUUCUGCGGAUAUUGUACAUUGUGAUCAUGUUUUGAUGUAGUUGUUAGUCUAAAUAUUAUUUUUUUUUCAGAACUUAGGGAUUUGAAAUUAUUGGUGCUUUCAGAUCAAGAAUUAAUCAUUUUUUCCUGGCAUUAUAGAUAAUAAUACAUGCAGUAAAGUCACUUCAUCCUACAUGUAAUAAAUUCAGAUAUUAAUACCAUGGUACUGAUGGUAGUAUGACAGAUAGUUGUAGUGUUGAACUACAAGUUAGAAUGCUAUACUUAUUAGAUGUUAUGUUUUAGUAGAGUAGCAAAGAAUGAUAGGAUUUGGGGAGCUUUAUGUAACAGGAGUAAACUAGACAUUAGUACAUGUUCAGUAUAGUUUCAGUAAGCAUUUCAAUAAUGGUUGUUAUGGGAUAUUAUUCUCUUUAAAAGACAUUUGUGCGUUUAUUUUUUGCAUUUAUUUUCUGUGGAAUUCUAAAGAAGAUGGGCGAACAAAGCAAGCGAAAUGCCUAUAGUGCAACAAACAUGCAGGUGAAAAAUUAAAUCUCAAUCAUACAAAAUUUUCCUUGAUAUUUCACUUAACAUUAAAGUAUACUUUAUGUAAAAUCUCCACAAUUUGCAAAAAUCUCAAAGAAUGAAACUAUUUGCCUAUGAAAUGCAUACACACACUAGAGUAUAUGUAAAAAGGAUCAUUUUCUCAUACUAUAACACAGUUUUUUAAUAUGAGUGGGUCUUUGUGCCAUUUUUUUUUAAAGUUAAUCCUUAAGUUUGCGUAAAAAUAAACAUUUUUGUUUAACAGAAACAUGGAGCAAAGACCCAUUAUAUCUAAAAAUAUUCUUUUAUGACACAACAUUCGCAUCUUUCUGAGAAAUAAUCGAAGUCCAUUUAGUCAAGGGUCAUAUCACAAACAUGAUUUAAAUGCCACUAUUCAUCAGGGACUUGUGUAAUGUAGUGGUUAGCAUGUUAGUUUCAAAAGAAAAUAAUACUCAGGAUUUUUAUUGCCAGGGUUCGAACCCCACAAAUACCACAUUAAUUUUUAAUAACAGAAUAAUUUUUGCCGAGAAAAUUUACCUCAGAAAACUUUUGUUUAUCAUAAUUUCAUAAAUAUCAAUAAUGAGAACUUUACUCUAGAUACUAAAUUCACUAACUGAGUAUGAUUUUUACAUAUCCGAAGCUGAAGGCAUCCUGUACGCCUUGUUCACCCAUCUCAUUUGUAUUAAGGUUUUUUUUUUUAUUUGUUUGUCCUUUUGUAUUUGUUUGAUUGUUUCUUCUUCCAAAGUAAUUAAGUACCGGUAAGUUGGAAUCGAAUGUAAAAAGAUUAAAGUGUGUGAUUAUAAAGUGUCUAUAAGGAGGUUGGGUGGUUAAAAAAAUUACCCACAGAUCCACCUUAACAUAGGGAAUAGGAUUUUUAAGCCACAAACUAUUAUUUAGUGAAGAAAAAAAAUUAAUGCAAUUUGCUUCUUCUUUUUUUAUAUAUACCGGUAUAGAGCUCUUCUUUUCCUAGAGGUUUAAAUAGUCUUAAAAAUGGUCCUAUAUAACUCCUAAAUUAACCAUAAACCAACUUUUCUUAACAGAUACUUUAUUUUGUCAUGAGAGCUUUUCUUUUCAAAUAACUUGUGUGAAUUAAAACAUUAAUUUCUUGAAAUAAAUAUAUUUCUACAAAAAGUAUCCAGGUUCUCAUAAACUGAAAUCAAACAUUUAUUUGAAUAUAUUUGGAAGGUUUUUCAACUGAAAUAAUGCAUUUUCUCAUACCUAAAUACAGACACAAUGUAU